CGAUGCAGUAACUAAAUUUUGUUUACGAAGAGAGAGAUGAUUAAGAAUUAUUCGAACAAUAAUCCACAAAUUAAGCAUCGUUUCAGCCAUGACAUAUGUCAUGCCCUUAUUGGUUUGUAAAUACAUAGCCACCCUUAGCCACUAGCGACUCACCCAUUUAAUAAUAUCAACAUUUCAGUAUGUUCAUCAAAUACCAAUAUUUGGAUUCUUACUUUAAUUCCCAAAAAAGCACAUAAUAAUGGUUCUCCAGAAAUCAUCAUCGUCAAUGGUGUUUAAAGUGAGGAGGAACCCAGCGGAGCUAGUGGCACCUGCUGGACCCACCCCCCAUGAGCUCAAGCUUCUCUCCGAUAUUGAUGACCAACAGGGUCUCCGUUACCAAAUUCCAUUGGUGCAAUUCUUUGCUUACAACCCUUCAAUGGCAGGGAAAGACCCUGUCCAUGUCAUCAGAGAAGCGUUGUCCAAAGAACUUGUGUUCUAUUAUCCACUUGCCGGAAGACUUAGGGAAGGUCCUAGUGGCAAACUUAUGGUGGAUUGCACUGGCGAAGGUGUAUUGUUCAUCCAAGCUGAUGCAGAUGUUACACUCGACCAUUUUCGUGUGGGAAAGUAUCAAUCAAUGGAAUUUUUGUACAAUGCAUAUAACGAAGAUUUAGGGAGUAUUAGAGAUAUAACUAGUGUUACUUUUUUUCGCGUAAACUUCUGGAAUGAGUGGUUUCAUGAUAUGGUAUUAGAGUUCUAGAUUCAAAAACUCAAAAGUUUGAUCCUUGCCUCCUUCGUGAAUCUCAAAAUCAACUUAACCUUUUGGAAUGAGUGGUUAUGACAU